AUGUCCGCUGACGAGGAUGACUUCAUGUCGGACAAGUUCCUCAAGGCAGCUUCCGCGCCAGAUACAGUCAAAGCCACCGAGACGUACGCCGAGAAGCGUGCAAAAGCCCUGAGAAAGGGUCUCGAUGCCGGCAGGGUAAAGUCAAAGCGUGAGCGAGAAGCAGAGGCCAGAGAGGAUGGUCUGGCUCGCAAUCUCAUCACAGCACGAGCAGAAUAUGGCGAGGACAGCAAGGCACUCGCGAUGAUGCUCAAGAUGGGCUUCAAGCCCGGACAAGGGCUUGGCAAACGAAAGUCUCCUCCGCCGGCUGGUCAGACGCAGACACCUUCCGACUCUGCUCAUCGCGUGGAACCUAUCGAGGUACAAGUCAGGCUGGGGAGAUCCGGCAUUGGCACCCAGACGGCCGCCGCCAAACGUCUCAAGCUAGAUCCCAGAAAGAUCCCGCCGCUCGACGAGAUCCGUCACAGCAGCUCUUACCUUGCUCGCCAUAGGGACGGCUUCGACGAGCGCAAGUCCGAGGGUAUCCUCCGCAAAGCACGGCGUACGCUUGAAGAGCUCGACAGACGCGCAGGCACGCAGGACAACGUUCUCUGGAUCUCGCCCGAGGACGAUGCCGUCAGAGAGGAACGCAGGAUUCGAAACGCUCGCCUGGGCAUGACCGUCGAGUACGACGACAGUGACGACGAGCGUGCUGGAACGAAGCGGCACGCGCCCCUCAAUGACGAAGAGGUACCUCUGAGCGACGACGAAGAUGGCCCCAAGAUCACGAGCGCGACUCGUGACAGCUUCUCUGCGCUCGAUGCGCGUACACGGCUGAGUAUGACGCUAGACUACCUCCGCGAAACGCACCAUUACUGCUUCUGGUGCGGUGCAAAAUACGACGAUGAGGCCGACAUGGCGAGCAACUGUCCAGGCGAAGCAGAAGCAGAUCACUAA